AUGACGAGCCGCCUCAAAUCACAAUGUCCGGACCACACAGGCUCGGUAUCGAAACGUAAAAGAGCCCCCCUUGAGACUCCAGUUUUUACCAACGAUGACACCUCCGAGCGGAUAGGGGAUCAGGGUAUAGACAUCGACAAGGAGAAACCUAAGAGACGACGGCGAAAACCACAGAGCCAAGAAUCAUUGGAUACUUCUACGCGGACUGCCGCCGGACAUGAUGACGAGACACAGGCUCCUUCUCAGCCAUCAGCAGAGAAAUCCAUAACUAGGAGCACGGCUAAAAAGGGGGCAAGACGGAAAGGUCGGGUCAGAGAUACUGUGACUUCGACUAAACAGACACCGUCGACACCAUGGCCGGAACCGUUCAAGAGACUGUCGAGGACGCAUCGCGCGCUGAACCUAGUGUAUACAUUCUGUUGUACACGGAAGCAUUUUGCUACGACGUUUGAGAAUAUCAAGAAGGCAGUGCAGGGACAGAUGGGUGGUAGCGAUGAGCUAACCGUUGAAGAUGUUGCGCGCGUUAGGACCCUUGUCCCACGGGCUGUACGCUUUGAGUACGUGGAUGAGGCGAAGUUGGAGGUGAUGGCCACUGGGGAUAAGGAGAUGCUUAAGACGUUCGGUCGCGAUGAAGACAGUGGUGACUCCGAGACGGCAAAGGUGAUGCUAUUUGAGUUUGUGGAUGGGGAUCUGAAAAGGCAGCGUCCCACGACUGGGGACACGACAAAACCGGUCCGGAGGAUGAGAGACGAGGAUUUGAAAAUGCCGGUAUACAGUCAGAAGCAGAUGUUGGGAUUGAUCGAGAAGCGGAACAAGAAGUUCUCUGAUGCAAUCGAUGCGUUCUUGGUGAAGUGUGAGGAUGAACGCACGGAUCCGGUUGAAAGACUGGAACGGGAAAAGAACUCUUGGGUUCCUGUGCUUCCUGAGAGUGAGGAUGGACAUCAUGCUCGGGCCGAAUCGAAGCCGCCGCAGGAGAUCCCGAAGGAACGCAAGUCUAUGUCCGAGAUCAUCGCGGAUAUCCGCGAGAUGAAUUGGUACACAGCUCAGAUUGUACCAGAGGGACACCGAGUGUUUGAUGCCCAGCCUCCGGUGUAUGGAGAGUUGACCUUUCGACUGUCGCAAAAUCUUGUCAAUGCCUUGUAUAACGCCAAGAGGAUCACGCAGUUCUAUUCCCACCAGGCGGAAGCGAUCAACCACCUGUAUGAGGGUCACCAUGUCAUAGUUUCAACUUCUACCAGCUCAGGAAAGUCGCUGAUCUAUCAGGUGCCGAUGCUACAUGAGCUAGAGAAAGACCAUGGUAGUCGAGGAUUGUAUAUAUUUCCAACCAAGGCGCUUGCACAGGAUCAGAGACGCAGCAUGAAAGAGCUAUUGCAGUACAUGGAAGGCCUGCAGGAUGUCAUGGUGGAGACGUUCGACGGCGAUACUCCCAUGGGGGACCGGAAUCUCAUACGCGAUGAGGCGCGGAUUGUCUUCACCAACCCUGAUAUGCUACAUAUCACGGUCCUGCCGCAGGAAAGCUCCUGGCAGACUUUUCUUAAAAACCUGAAAUUCGUCGUGGUGGACGAACUGCACGUCUAUAAUGGCCUUUUUGGAUCCCAUGUCGCGUUUAUCAUGCGACGAUUGCGCCGGAUCUGUGCCGCGGUAGGGAACAGGCAUAUCCGAUUCAUUUCCUGCUCCGCCACUGUGGCCAACCCGGAAGACCACAUGCACGCCAUUUUCGGCGUCGACGAGGUCAAGUUGAUAGACUUCGACGGUUCCCCAUCUGGCCGGAAGGAAUUUAUCUGUUGGAACACACCUUUCAAAGACCCCGACGACCCAACGUCCGGGCGUGGAGACAGCGUCGCCGAAACAGCACGGCUGUUUUGCCAACUCAUUCUCAGGGGGGCAAGGGUGAUCGCAUUCUGCCGGAUUCGACGACUAUGUGAGGUCCUCCUUCAAGCUGCGCGGACUGAAUUCCACAAUCUCGAAAGACCCGAGAUUGGUAAGCUAGUCAUGGGUUACCGCGGCGGAUACAGUCCGCAAGACCGACGUCGUAUCGAGAAAGAAAUGUUCGAAGGACAGUUGAUGGGCAUCGUGGCCACCAACGCUCUGGAGUUGGGCGUUGACAUAGGCUCUCUCGACGCUGUUAUCACUAUGGGUUUCCCAUACUCCAUCUCCAACCUGCGCCAGCAGAGCGGACGCGCCGGACGUCGGAACAAGGACUCUCUCUCUGUGCUGGUAGGAGAUCGAUAUCCUACUGACCAGCACUAUAUGAAGAAUCCGGAGGAGCUCUUCACCAAGCCUAACUGCGAGUUGCAGGUGGAUCUGACCAACGAGCUCAUCCUCGAAGGACAUGUGCAGUGCGCUGCAUUCGAGAUGCCCAUCCGCCCCGAUGAGGACCGUGUCUACUUCGGCCAGCAACUCCCUGACUUAGCGGCGACUCGUCUUGUGCGCGACGGUCUGGGCUUCUACCACUGCGAUGAAAGGUUCCGCCCGCAGCCCUCGCGCUGCGUCUCAAUCCGUGACACUGAAGACCAGCAUUUCGCCAUCAUUGACGUCACGAACACGCGAAACCUCGUCCUGGAGGAAGUCGAGGCGUCUCGGGCGUUGUUCACCAUCUACGAGGGCGGCAUUUUCCUGCACCAGGGUCACACAUACCUUGUGAAGGAACUUAACCCAGACCAACGGUUUGCACGCGUGGUCCGCGUCCGUGUCGACUGGAGCACAAUGCAGCGCGACUUCACAGACAUCGACCCGAUUGAAACGGAAACCAUACGAUCUAUCACCAAUACGCCGACGGGCUCUUCGCCCUCGCGCGCAUUUUACGGCUCGGUGCGUAUCCACGCAGUGGUGUAUGGAUUUUUCAAGAUCGACAAACAGGGUCGCGUCCUCGACGCUGUAGCGGUCGAUAACCCACCGAUCGAUAUCUUCACCAAAGGCAUGUGGCUGGAUGUGCCUAAAUCUGCUCUUGAUAUCCUCAAAUCAAGACAUCUCAACAUCGCCGCCGCCAUCCACGCCGCCGAACACGCCGUGCUUUCCCUGCUGCCUAGUUUCGUAAUCUCCUCGCCUGGUGACAUCCGCACCGAGUGCAAGGUCGCCAAAAAAGAGCUCGGCAGGAACCUCAAACUGGCUGUGGAAGCCCAGAAUCAGAGCACGGCCCAGGAGAACAUCCGUAAGCUGCUUCAACCCCCUGCGCGCCAACGACCUGCUCGGUUGACCUUCUACGACGCCAAGGGGGGCCCAUGCGGCUCCGGAAUCGCAGGAAAAGCGUUUGAAUUCAUCGACGUGCUCCUGCGUCGGGCGGUCUCGCGCGUCGAUACAUGUCUGUGUGUGACCCCCCAGGGGUGUCUGGAAUGUGUCUGUGAUGAGCGAUGCAAGGAGAUGAACUCGGUGAUGAGCAAGGCCGGUGCAGGUGUCGUGUUACGGUGUUUGCUUGGGUGGGAGGUGGAUGUGGACUCUUUACCGUGGGGAGAGAAUGUGGAUGGUGAUGAUGGACUGGGUGAACUGGCAGGGGGAUUAGAGACUGUGGUCCCAGCUAUAGAGGUGCCUUUUCGUCAUUCUGAGACCAAUGAAUGA